AUGACAAAUGUUGUAAUUGGGGGUGGAAUAAGCGGUUUGUCUACCGCUUAUUAUUUAUCUAAGAUAAUAAAAGACAAAAUAAAAAUUUUUGAAUCGUCACACAGAGUUGGCGGUUGGAUAAAAUCAACAAAAAAUAAUAACGGAACGAUAUUUGAACAAGGCCCAAGAACUUUAAGAUGUGGCGGAUUAGCUGCUGAUAAUACUCUCGAUCUUAUUAACGAAUUAGGAUUAUCCUCCGAGAUCAAACCAGUUCAUCGUAAUAGCAUAAGUGGUAAAAAUCGAAUGAUAUAUUUGAAUAAUCAAUUGAUAUCGUUACCCAAUUCUUGGCUUUCCUUAUUUAAAAUAAAUCCACCAUUUAUCAAACCGUUUUUAUUUGCAAUAAUUAAAGAUUUGUCGACUUCUAAAAAAGUUGUACACGAUGAAAGUAUUUACGAUUUCGUUUCCCGAAGAUUUGGAAAAGACUAUGCUGAUAUCCCGUUGAGUGCUAUGAUUUGUGGAAUAUUCGCAGGAGAUGCCAAAGAGAUAAGUGUCAAAGCAUUGAUGAAUAGUUUGUUUGAAAAAGAACAAAAAUAUGGUAGCGUCAUUGGUGGAAUGCUUCUGUCUCUAAAAGAUAAUUAUUUUGAGAAAAAAAAUUUUAAUAGAGUGGGAAUUAAUAAAAAAAAAUCAAAAAUAUGGUCGGUUUGGACAUUGGAAAACGGUUUAGAAACAUUACCCAUUUAUUUAAAUAAUUAUUUAAAAAAUCGACCAAACAUUGACAUUCGUUUAAAUUCAAAAUGUUCUGAAAUCAAAUUUAAAAAUGGUGAAGUUGUUUUAAAAUAUAAUGAUAAAACAAUUAAUGCAAAACAUUUAUAUUCAUGUUUGCCGAGUAAAGAUUUAGCUGACAUUUUAAAUGAUGAUGAACACAUUUAUUUAAAAAAAGAACUUUCAUCGAUUCCAUUUGUAAGCGUGGCUGUUGUUAAUUUAGAAUACAAUGGAGAUUUGAUUGAGAAAAAAGGUUUCGGUUUAUUAGUACCGCCAAAUCAAAACUUACCAAUAUUAGGCAUCAUUUUCGAUUCUUGUAUCUUUUCGCAGAAUAAUAAUAAAACAGUUAUAACUGUUAUGAUGGGGGGAAAAUGGUUUGAACAUUAUUUUGGAAAAAAUUCAAACGAUGAUGAUAAAUUUUUAAAUGUCGCAUUGAAACAAGUUAACGAUAUACUAAAAAUAAAUGAAAAUCCUCUCGAUUAUAAAAUAACAAUUAUGAAUGAAUGCAUUCCACAAUACAUUGUCGGUCAUUUUGAAAAAAUAAAAAAAAUAAGAAAUUACAUACUGGAAAAAAAUUUACCGUUGACACUUAUUGGUAAUUCAUAUGAUGGAGUCGGAGUUAAUGAUUCAAUUUAUUCUGCUAAAAUCAACGUCGAUAACGUUCAUAAUCGUUAA